AUGGUAACCCCCGCAAAGCCUCCAAACAUCAGAAACCUCCAGUCUCUGUCCACGGAUCUGCACCUUUGCGUAGUUGACUACUUAGCCUCGUUUGAGCGAGCGGCAUCGGCUCUCACUUGCAAAUCAAUAUUAUUCAACCUCGGCUCACAGAGCUUGGCACUGCAAAAGCGUUCCGACUGUCGGCGCGAGCUCCUCCUUUUACUGGAACGAGACAUCCGCGACCUCUCACUCUUUUUCUGCCCGCGAUGUGUGGCGUUACAUCCGCCAGAGCUUUCUUGGACUAUUGCGAGGGACGAUGAGUACCAGCGGGUCUUUGGCGAAUCUCGUCCCUGUGUCCAAAAAUACCAGAGAUCGCGGCCAGACUGGGAUCCAUCGCCAUGGCUUCCAAGGGGUCUCGACUACGACACGAUCAGGGUCGCCAUGACACGGUUUCGACUGGGGGGUUUGUGCCGUCCCAAAGAUCUGCUGCCGAUGAGUCAACGCUGGUAUGAUGCGGAUCUGACAAUGGCAUCUGGCCUUGGGAAGAAAUCGCCUAUCCACCUCCAUGACAACACCAAGAUCAACACAUAG